AAGUUCUUACUUACCAUUGUUUUUCAACUAUUUUUAUCCAAAAUAUUAUUUUUUUAAUAAUGAUCUUAAUUUAAUGAGGCAAAUCUGAUUUUUUUUUUUUCUUUUGGGCAUCGACUCCUCUAAGUCUUCUCUUCAAAUCAAUAUCUAAUGGAAGGGGUAGAUACCCAGCAUUCACUUGCAUUUGUUUCUUCCUUUAUAUUUUACUUUUAAAUGAAUAAUUCACUUUCAUUUUUUUCUAUUUCUACUUUAUAAAUCUGGUCGUUACAAAGUAUCAUUGAAAAGAUAAACCAAAAUCUUAACCAACAACGUUUCAAGGAGAGGCAAAAAUGGAAGAGCUUAAGCCAAGGCCCGCAAGUUCUUCCCCUCUCACCCCGUUAGGCUUCUUAGAAAGAGCAGCCACCGUGUACGGUGAUUGCACUUCCAUCAUAUACAAUAACACUUCCUACACGUGGUCACAAACUCACCGUCGAUGUCUCCAGCUAGCUUCUUCUCUCUCAUCCAUCGGCAUCAAAGUGGGCCAUGUCGUCUCCGUUUUAGCCCCCAACAUCCCGGCCAUGUACGAGCUUCAUUUUGCUGUUCCCAUGUCUGGUGCUGUUCUCAACAGCAUCAACUCCCGUCUUGACGCCCGUACUGUCUCCAUACUCCUACACCACUGCGAAUCAAAGCUCCUCUUUGUUGAUUGCCUUUCUCAGUCUCUAGCCUUGGAAGCCAUCUCUUUGUUUCCUCCUAACGAAAACCCCCCACUUCUUGUCCUAAUCAAAGAUGAUUAUGAUGAUGCUGAGAGUUCCAAUUUGUCAUCAUCCACCGUUGAUUCUCGCUUCUGUCGCACAUACGAGAGCCUGAUGGAGAAAGGUGAUCCUGAUUUCAAGUGGGUUAGGCCUCAAAGUGAGUGGAAUCCGAUUGUUUUGAACUAUACAUCAGGUACGACCUCAUCUCCUAAGGGAGUAGUUCAUAGCCACAGGGGAAUUUUCAUGAUCACACUUGACUCUUUAAUCGAUUGGGAAGUUCCAAAACAACCUGUCUACUUGUGGACACUCCCAAUGUUUCAUGCUAAUGGGUGGAGUUUCACUUGGGGCAUGGCCGCUGUUGGUGGAACCAAUGUUUGUGUACGAAAAUUCGACGCCCCUACCAUCUAUGGUUUGAUCAAGAAACAUGGUGUCAGUCACAUGUGUGGAGCGCCUGUCGUGCUUAACAUGUUAUCAAAUUCUCCUGAAAUUAAACCACUCCAAAGUCCUGUUCAAAUCCUCACAGCUGGAGCUCCACCGCCGGCCCCUGUGCUUUUCAGGACCGAGUCACUCGGUUUCAUAGUGAGUCACGGCUAUGGAUUAACCGAAACAGGAGGGCUGGUUGUGUCUUGUGCUUGGAAAAGGGAAUGGAACAAGUUGCCAGCGACAGAGAGAGCGAGGCUGAAAGCAAGACAAGGAGUGAGAUCUCUGGGUAUGACAGAAGCCGACAUAGUGGAUCCUGAGUCAGGACUCGUUGUAAAACGAGACGGAUCAACUCUGGGGGAGAUAGUUUUGAGAGGUGCCUGUAUCAUGUUGGGGUAUCUAAAAGACCCAAAUGGAACAAACAAAUGCAUGAAAGAAAAUGGUUGGUUUUACACUGGAGAUGUUGGGGUGAUGCAUCCUGAUGGAUAUAUGGAAAUCAAAGAUCGUUCAAAGGAUGUUAUAAUCAGCGGUGGAGAGAAUCUAAGCAGUGUUGAAGUCGAGUCAAUAUUGUAUUCUCACCCAGCAAUCAAUGAAGCAGCGGUCGUGGCCAGGCCAGAUGAUUAUUGGGGAGAGACUCCCUGUGCUUUUGUGAGUUUGAAAGCUGAGUUAACUCAGAAACCAAGUGAGAAGGAGAUAAUAGAGUAUUGCAGAGCUAAGAUGCCACACUACAUGGUUCCCAAAACGGUGGUGUUUAAGGAAGAAUUGCCCAAGACUUCCACUGGGAAGAUUCAGAAGUUUGUACUGAGAGAUAUUGCAACGGGUCUGGGUUCAUCAUCUUCCUCACCGGUGAGUAGAAUGUGAGCUGGGUUGAAUCGAGUUAUGUAGUCAUUGUCGUUUUGCAUUAGUCUUGAUCAGCAAGUUAAACAUUGGAUUGUCGUUUUAUGAAAUACUAGUGCUUUUACAUUUCCAAGAAAGUGGCGCACCGAACAAAAAAGUCAUGGGAAGAGGAGGAUUAUCUUAGCAUAUCUUCUGGAAAGAGCAGAAAUGUUUUAGGAUUACUUGAUAGACGGUGAGGCUUAUUAUUUAUUAAAAAUUUAUUAAUAUUAA